AUGAACACGGCCUUGACACAGAUUUAUGAAAGGCCCAUGGGGCCAAGUGGAGAACCGUUUGAGCCGGAACCGUUGGUGAGGGAUGGUUGUUUCAUGACCUGGAUGAUAGAUCGAUAUAUAGAGAUGCAAUCUUCGUAUAUUCAUGAAAGGCGUCAAGUUGACUUGAUGGAGCAUCUAUGGGCGUUGGAAGGCAAUGAAGAUGAAUGA